UGACUCCACCUCUGCUUACUGCAGACAGUCGGUUUCUCUGAGAUGACAUCAGUAUCAGAUUCAGAAUGGGGAAACUGUGGCGUCAGCACAUCAAAAAGGUCAUACCAGUUUAUAUGACAUUGAUACUCCUAAUGUGUGCUUUAACAGUCCUAUUUUCAAGAGUGAAUGAAGAUGACUGUUGCGUUAAUACCUUCGGGGCAACAGGAGUGUUUGGCAGACAACGAUUGACAGUAAAAUAUGGCAUUAAUUGUUCUGCAAUAUAUGACAUGGGACCAGUAGAAGUGGCAAAAUCUGUAUUCAUCCGUAAAAACCAAAGCUAUGUGGGGCCAAGUGACAUCAGUAUUGUGAAUGUCACUUCUGAUUGUGAUCAGUUUAUUACAUCAAAAGGUUAUGGUGCGGUACAAGGCUCUGAGUCUGAGCAUGAGUUUCCUCUUGCUUACUCUUUGGUCGUUCACAAGGAUGCAGAUCUUGUGGAGAGGUUGCUAAGGGCCAUUUAUAUGCCACAUAAUGUUUAUUGCAUACAUUAUGACCUGAAGUCCUCAUAUGACUUUAUUUCAGCGAUGCAAGGUCUGGCCCGCUGCAUCCCUAACGUCUUCAUUGCCUCAAAACUGGAGAGGGUGCAGUAUGCAGGCAUCUCACGCCUUAAAGCAGAUCUUAAUUGUCUGUCUGAUCUCCUGGAGUCUGAGGUGAAGUGGAAGUAUGUCAUCAAUCUGUGUGGUCAGGACUUUCCACUGCGGACCAACGCUGAACUAGUGUCAGAUCUAAAGAUGCUUAAAGGCAAGAACAUGGUAGAGACCAAGCGACCAGGAGGAAAGAAAGUGCGUUGGAGUUUCCACUAUGCUCUGAAAAAUAAGGAAUCUGAAUACUAUUCAGUUCCUAUGAAAACGUCUGAGGAGAAAUCUCCACCACCUCAUAACAUCGAAAUGUUUGUGGGAAGUGCAUACUUUACACUUUCACGGGAUUUUGCACUUUUUGUUCAGUGGAGUUCUCUAGCCAGAGAUUUCUUGGUUUGGUCUGAGGACACAUACUCACCUGAUGAACAUUUUUGGGGAACUCUUGUUCGUGUGCCUGGAGUACCAGGAGAGGUGCCAAGAACUGACCCUGACAUCCCACUACUGAAAAGUAAAACCCGUCUGGUAAAGUGGGAAUAUUUAGAAGGGAACUUUUACCCACCAUGCACUGGGAAACAUGUACGGUCUGUGUGUAUUUAUGGUGCUGCUGAGCUCAGAUGGCUUCUUGACUAUGGUCACUGGUUUGCUAAUAAAGUGGACCCAAAGGUGGAUCCUAUUCUUAUUGAAUGUUUAGAAGAGAUGCUUUUAGAAAAACAAAGGAUGUCUGUAUGAUGAUAGCUGUAUUAUUUUGUAUUUAAAAAGUACUGCUACUUUUAGAAGGUAACUAAUGUCACGGAUCGGAUAGUGGAUGCAAGUGCAAGUUUUAACAGAUGAUUUAGUUUACAAAUAACAAAAACCAAAACAGAACUCCAUACAUCAGACUUAAAUGGGAACUGGAAACAGGAUCAAAUACAC